UAUGUUAUAUAUAUAUAGAGAGAGAGAGAGAACAAAAACCCCAUUUGUGAUUUGGGGGUCUACAAGAUCUGCGUUUUUCCGUAGUGUUUGGACUUUGGAGUCAUCUGGCGUGAUAGAGAAACAGUUGUGAGGACAACCCAGAAGCUAGCAAGCAACCAUGGAUUUCAUCAGUCAGUUGCAGGGACAGUUUGUUGAUUUUUCGAGGACUCUGUAUCAUGAGGGUUUUUUGGAUGAACAAUUUUUGCAACUCCAGAAACUGCAAGAUGAGAGCAACCCAGAUUUUGUUGUCGAAGUGGUGUCUCUCUUCUUUGAAGAUUCUGAAAAGCUUCUCAACAAUUUGGCCAAUGCUCUACAACAACAGGUUGUAGAUUUUAAACAAGUUGAUGCCCAUGUCCACCAGUUCAAGGGCAGUAGUUCCAGCAUAGGUGCCCAGAGAGUGAAAAAUGUGUGCGUCGGCUUCAGGAAUUUCUGCGAGGAAAAAAACAUUGAAGGGUGUGUGAAAUGCCUGCAACAACUAAAAAAUGAAUACUGUCAACUGAAGACCAGGCUCGAAACUCUGUUCAGGCUGGAGCAACAAAUCUCAGCAGCUGGAGGGUCAGUUCCUAUGGCAUAAAAAGUACUAGUUUCAUUACCUACUUACCAAAGUAAAGAAAUUUGUGAAGGGUUUAUGUUACGAACUUCUAUUUUUGUAGUCAAUCAAGCUGCUGUUGAGUUGCGAGUACUGUUAGUUGUAGAUCUAAAGCUUGUAAGAAAAUAGAGAAGUGGUGUGAACAAACGUUUGUACCUCUUAUGCUCCAUCAUUACUCAUUUUCGACAUUGAAAGCAUAUAAUUUUAUUUGCUGUUCUAUAA